CGUCUAGGUCUGCUCAGCUACCGAUACAACGAUUUCAAGAUGAUCCGUACUGUUGCCCUUCUCUGUCUUAUUGUUGGUGCAUUUGCAAUCCCUGUUCCAAGGGAUAAUUAUCCUAAACCAGGAUGUGGACAGUACGGAUGUUCUCACAACAUCCACUUUAAUGGACAAGGUGUUGCUGGGGGUAUACACAGUGGUGUCAACGACAAUGGAUUUGAAGCCAGGUUUUUUCCAUUAGAUGGAGGAAACGCAGCCGCCGCUUCAGCAGCUGCAAGUGGUUUCAACGCUGCUGCCUCUGCCGCAGCCGCCUCAAACCGAGGAUUUAAUGGACAUCAAGGUGUAAUUGGCUUCAACAAUGAAUUUGAUGCUGGACUCAUCGGUGGAAACUCAGCUGCUGCCUCAGCAGCUGCAAGUGGUUUCAACGCUGCCGCUGCCGCUGCCGCCGCCGCCUCAAACCAAGCAAUUGGUGGACAACAUGGCGUACUUGGCUUCAAUAAUGGAUUUAAUGCCAGACUCAUCGAUGGAAACUCAGCUGCUGCCUCAGCAGCUGCAAGUGGUUUCAACGCUGCCGCUGCCGCUGCCGCUUCAAACCAAGCAAUUGGUGGACAACAUGGCGUAAUUGGCUUCAAUAAUGGAUUUAAUGCCAGACUCAUCGGUGGAAACUCAGCUGCUGCCUCAGCAGCUGCAAGUGGUUUCAACGCCGCCGCUGCCGCUGCCGCAGCCGCUUCAAAUCAAGCAGUUGGUGGACAACAUGGCGUAAUUGGCCUCAAUAAUGGAUAUAAUGCCGGACUCAUCGGUGGUAACUCAGCUGCUGCCUCAGCAGCUGCAAGUGGUUUCAACGCCGCCGCCGCUGCCGCCGCCGCCUCAAACCAAGCCGUUGGACAACAUGGUGUAAUUGGCCUCAAUAAUGGAUUUGAUGCUGGAUUCAAUGGCUUUAAUCCCAUCUUAAUCGGACAAAAUCCCGGAGCUGCUGCUGCCUCCGCCGCUGCCUCUGCCAGCCAACGUGGUGCCGCCUCCGCUGCUGCUGCUGCCUCUAGCGCCAACUUGAGAUCAGGAAUCGGAAUGGGAGGUCUCAUUGGAUCCCAACUCACAGGUCACUUUAAUGGCCCUGUAAUUCAGCCUUUCCAAGGUGUACCAUACCCUGUUACUCCCCUUAUCGGACAAAACCCUGGAGCUGCAGCUGCUGCCGCUGGUGUUGCUACUUCAAACGGUGCCGCUUCCGCGUCCGCUGGUGCAUCUGGAUCCCAAGGAUUUAUUGACGGUGGCAUUUUGCAAGGGAGAUCACCAAGAAUUAUCAACUCCAACAUUGUACCUGGCAGAAAGGUUUACUAAAGUAGGAGAAAUCUUUCAACGGACUGUGAUAGACAUACACAAGCAACUUUGGUGAUUGAGACUGUGUUUGUUGAAUUUAUCAUUAUUGUUUGAAUAAAUUAUUGUACAGUA